UUCUCUACCCACCUUGGUGGAACUGGCACAACAAAAAGAAGCUGACAUUCAGAUUUCCUAAUAAUAUGGGAAUUUCAGCACAGUUUUUUCGUUGUUUAUCGGUUUCUGCAGAAAAGUAGCAGCGCUUUAUCCGCUUCGGUACCGCCAAACGGAAGUUGAAUUCUCGCCAUCAGAUAGCAUCGUGUUCGAUAUCACUGUGGCGACCACGGAAAGCGCCGCAAAGGGAUCGUCUCCGUCGAUCCUACCCAUAGAAGGUCGCAGGUGUACAGUGACGACGACGACGGGAUUGCAAGAUGUCGAUGGCUCAGGGAAACAACUAUGAUUACCAUCGAACAACGUUCGAUGGCGAACGAACUGAACGCUGUGUGUGCCUCGUUCGUACGAUGAAAUGGUUUCCGGUGCUGUUCAUCGCUUCUGUGAUCGGUUGGUCAUACUACGCGUUUGUGAUACAACUUUCGUUCUUUACCGUCACCAAUAUUGUUCAAAGGAUAUUGUUCCUGCUGUUCUAUCAUGGCGUACUGGUUAUGUUUCUGUGGUCCUACUACCAGACAGUAUUCACCGACAUCGGCCGAGUUCCGACCAGGUUUCGCGUUCCGAGGGCCGAGCUAGACCGAAUAGUGCGUGCCACGAACGAAGAGGAACAAAAGCAGAUUCUGGAAUCGUUUGCAAAGGAGCUCCCCGUCGUAACGCGGACAUUGAACGCAACGGUGCGUUUUUGCGACAAAUGCCGGCUAAUCAAACCGGAUCGGGCACAUCACUGCAGCGUGUGCGGCGUGUGCGUGCUCAAGCUAGACCACCACUGUCCGUGGGUGAACAACUGUAUCAACUUUACGAACUACAAGUACUUUAUCCUCUUCCUGGGAUAUGCGCUGCUAUACUGUUUGUAUGUAGCAUGCAGCACCAUUCCCUACAUGGAGCUAUUAUGGACGGGAAAAAUUGAUGGAAGAUUUCAUAUUUUGUUCCUGUUUUUUGUUUCCAUCAUGUUUGCGAUCAGUUUGGUUAGCCUGUUCGGCUACCACUGUUAUCUGGUGCUGCUAAACAGAACCACCUUAGAAUCCUUUCGUACACCAAUCUUCCGAUACGGUGGACCGGAUAAGAAUGGGUUCAGCCUGGGAAAGCUGAACAACUUUCAGGAAGUGUUUGGCGACGAUUGGCGACUGUGGUUCGUUCCGGUUUAUACCAGCCUUGGGGAUGGAAUAUUGUUUCCCACCCAGUCGCACCAUUUAGCAUCGAAUUCACCGCAUGAAGUUGGGUCGCCGGUAGCGCCACUGACCGCCAUCACCGGCGGCAUUCAAAAUUGUAACGGUGCGAUUGCGAACGGUGGCAGCACCGUCCGGGUAGAUCCCCAACUGUCUCAAACGAUCGUUCUAGAACACGUCGACGAAACUAAGGACGGCGGGGGUCACCGUCGCCCGGGGCAGCAACAGCCUGUGGCCAUGCCGCUCAGCACAAACGGCACUUUGCCGCUGCAGGAUACCAAAGAGCGCUUCGCAUCCUCCCAACCUCUUUAGUAAUUAUAGCGCUAGCGUUGCUGGUAGAGAGAGAGAGAAAGAGCUGUAAAGUUAAUGGUUCAAAGAAAAGAAACAUUAAACCCCGUAAAAAAUUUGCUCACUCGUGGGUCGUACUCACAGAAACUUCUAAUUCUGCAUCGUUUUGUGCAUUGCCUUACUCUCUUGAAUAAUAAUAAUGCAGCUAAUGGGAUUUUGUAAUCAAAAUAGACACUUUUUUUUGUUGUUCUUCGAUAGGAUUAGUCAUUAAGAACCUCAGUUUACAUCUAUAGAUAUAUACAUAUUGAAAGGGCUGCGUUUCUACCGUUUCUAUUACGUUUACGUUUAAUGAACGAUCGCAGAGUAUGUGGAAAUUACAGAUUUCGAGCGUUUCCAAACUUAAUGAAACUACGACGUAAGGUACAAAUAACAGAAUAACGGCAGAAGUUGGACGUUGGACGGUAGGAAAUAGGAACUGCCUUUAAGUGCGCUAGUAAUAACACGCUUUAUUUUGUCUAUUCUAUCUAAUUAACAAAUGAGCAGCUAAUAGAACUCGUGAGCGAGCAAACGGAUUGUCUCAACUAUCUUCCCGCAAAAGUAUUUGAUGAGCUCGGUAUUUUUUUAAGAACUGGAAAUAAAGAUUACCAAUUGACGCGAUGAA